AGUAUGAUAUCAGAGUGAAGAAGAGAAUUUGGAAAGUCGUUAAUAAUGACUGAAAAGCACAAUGGAGCCAAAAUAGAACCUUGUAAUGUGCCUACAGUCAAAUUACAGAAACUGUUGAGUCUUUUGUACAUAAUUUUUUCGAGUACUUUGGAGAAAGCGGGAAGUAAGCUGAUUGAUUGUAAGGAACAGUUGAAGAUAUGUGUAAGAGCACAGAUACAAUUCCAAUGCAUUGUUCGUAUUACUUUAAAGGGAAUUCCAUCUAUACCACAACUGGUUUUAGGUCGAAAAGAUUUCAUAAUAAUUUGGACUUCGAACGCUGAUGUCGGGGCAAGAAACAUGGAAGUUUUACUGGGCUGCCCCAUGUAUUGCUUAAAGCCAUCCCUUGUGAGGGAAACAAGUGUUAAAAGAUUCAGUGAAAUACUCAUUGAAAAUUCUGAAGGCUAUAUCGGGAUCUGUUUUGCUGAACACAAUCGAAAAGUCACUUUGUUCUAGCAUGAGUUUAAAAUUAUCUAUAUUUGUG